UAUUAUUAUUAUCUCUCGAUCUCGCGAUCGCAAUUCUACAGCUGACCAACUCAACUCGACUGGGGUCCGACUGUUUUACAGGUGUUUGAAUUAGCAUUGGAAGUUUUAUGUCGAUUUACACAAUCAGUUCUUAGUUUAGGUUUAUUUUAAUGACAAAUUUACCAAUUUAGCUAACAAAUAUAAGGGAAAUAGAACGCUUUUAACUGUAGUGUAGAUCUACGUGUAGUGCAGUAUUCGUCUUCCAUCGGGCCCAUCGGAGUUUGAAGAGUAUCCACGCCUGAUCUCCCGGGGGCUCUUCCAGUCAGGGAGCCGAUUGCUUUUCGUGCAAGUUCGACCUCGCAAGUGAACAGUAACAACACAUACAAAAAGAAGAAUAUCGACAAAAAUAUGGCUGCGAUUGCUUCUCCUCCUACAAAUGGCAUUCUUAGACAAACACCUCCAAACUCACAAGGGAGUGAGGCCAUAAUAGCCAGCAACACAGGAAAGUUCAAGGACAGAAAUUCUGACAUGACUGCGGCAGGAAAACUUAUUUCAAUGGAAGGAGAGACAACAAGAGACUGCAUGAACAUUCCAAGAGUUCAGACCCCACCACUGGUCAAGAAAUUCCGCAACACAACCCGACCAGAGCCCCAAGUGAGAAGGGUUUUCUAUGGGAAAGCAGAGGACCCAGAUAUUGCCUCUACAGUAUCACAUGGUGUCAUCACAACAGGUUCAUUGAAGGCUGGAGAAGUUGUCAACCCCAAUCCAAAGACUCUGUUUACACAGCGCCUUUCGGACAAGAAAGAGUCUCAAUAUGCCAGUAAGCAGAAAGCACCGCUUGGCUCAUCCCAUGAUCAGAGACCUGGCCUUCCCAAGGAUUUGAACACUCUUGAAAAAACUUUUGGUACCCCAAAUAUCUUUGAUUGUUCAGCUGGAGAGCUUGUUAGUCCUGCUAAGACCUACCAGCAAGUCUAUGUCGAGAGUGAAGAAGGUCGUGAACUCUACAGAAAGACACAUCAUAACUUCCAUGUAGGAGAACCUGUUGACAGGGAGUACGACUGGUCCCAGUACUCAAAGGAUGGAUUAUUUGGCAUCCCCACUCCACAUGAGAAUAAUGGCAAGAAUGUCGCCCAAACUCUGAAAUGGCUGCGAAAUGAUCAUCUAGAUAAAGGAACAAAGGUGGUGUCAAAACGUGUAGAUGACUUCCGUGAGCGUACCCAGCCUCAACUUGGUAUGGUCCAUGACCCCAUCAAAGAGACCAUGACGGUUCCUGCUGACCACUCGUACGGUGUCCUCCUCAAACCAGAUGAAUACGGGGCUGGUGAUCUCAUCCAUGGGCGUUACCCAGGCAGCUAUCUCAGGGGCAAAGAUAGGGAGAGGGGACUUGUAGCUGCUAUCAGGCAACAGCUCAAGAAAGCUAAUUAUCACAACUUCAACAACUUACAGGCAGCCUUUAACCAUUAUGAUAAGAAUGGUGAUGGCAAGAUUGACAUCAAUGAGCUGCGGCUCUGCUGUGAUCAGUUCAGCCUCCCCAUUGAACCAGAGCUCCUGGAGCAGCUCAUCCUCUAUUGUGAUGCUAACACCAAUGGCUGCAUUGACUACUUUGAAUUUGCAAACUUCCUCAACUGGAAGGACAAGAUGAAUGAAGGAGAGACUCUGACCAACCCGGCAUCUGCUGCUGUGAAGGGAGAAUCUCAAGAAAGCAAGGAAGGGACUCCUGAAAGGCUGAAGAAGCAGAUAGACCAAGCCAUCGGGGGUCAUAGAACAUCGGCUCAGAUGAUCAAUGCUGUGGUCGGUGGAGUAUCUACAAAGGGUUACAGAACGUAUGGUGUACCAACAGUCCGCAGUGACAUCGCAGCUCCUCGGACUAAACGGAUCAGUGACACUAAGAAUUAUGGUGAUGAGUCUGAUGCAUUCGGUCUUAUCAAUCCAUCCAUGUACAGUAACAAGGGUAUCUAUGAGAAGGACUUCUUUCAGCCAAGAGAACCUGAACAGAUCAAAGGAAUCUUCUCUGACAUCGGAGUGGAGAUGGACCCGGAAACAUUUCACAAGCUCUGGUCGGUAGCGACCUCAAGGAGUGAUCAAGGACAGGUCAGUGUGGAAAGCUUUAGGAACGUCUUAGACGAGGUCCAGGCCUUACAACUAGCUGAUGAAGCACAGAACCUAGGAAGACCGGAACUGGUGUAAACCUUGAUUGCAUUUAUUCAAAUUAGAGCUCAUGCAUUAUUCAUGAGGAAAGACAGAUGGACGUAACUAUUGCAAAUAUAUUGAGGUUUUCAAAGACCUCCUGCAGAAUAUAUUAUGAACUCUAGGAACUCCACUUGUAAGUGACGAGCUAGUGAUCAGUACCUUUGGCUAACACAUCGUCUCCAUCCCAGUGGCUGCCAUUUUGCCAAGACCCCACCCAAGGAUGACAUUAACGUUUAAAAGCAUAUAACCGGAAAGGAUAUUUGAGUCAAAGAUCCACAUGUAAAGUUUUAUUUAAAGUGAACUAAUAGACUACAUUUCUACGUUUGAAUUAAUGUCUCCAAAGGAAUGAAAUUAAAUUUGGAUUAUUUAAGCUGUAAAUUAUUCAUUUAAAUUUGAUUGGUACACAAUACAUUGUACAGUAUAUUGCUUACACAUUAUAUUGAUCUGUUUGAUUUAUGCCUAAUCUAGUCUUCUUUGUUGAUUGAUUGUGAUUUAACUAUGCAACUUGAAAUCAUUUUCAACCCACCUAUAUAUAUUUCAUGACUAUCAGUAUUUUGAUUUAUCAAUUUUUAUCAUACAGUCUUAAACUAUCAGUUUGCAGUUCUGGUAGUUGAAAGAAACAUUGAAAUAUAACUCGUUGAUGGUUGAUUCAUGUCUGUCUCACUUGUUUGAACUUGCAUCAAAAUAUGAAUUUGCAGAUUAUUUUGGUAUUCAUUCGUUGUGAUUGGCUAGGUAGAAUAUACGAAGAUCGGUCAUUCAUUACUUCUUUCAGUAUUCUUCAUUAUUUUCCAUUAUUUCAUAUAUUGAGAUAUGUGCCUUGAUGAAUUACUAACAUAUGCAGUAACAUUUUCAUAGAAUCAGGCUUUGGGAAAUCAUUGAAUUUGAAAUCCCAUCAUUUUAUGCACUACAAUAUGUUUUUUUCAGUAUUUUCUGUGCUACUGUUUACAACUUUAUUACAUGUACAUGCAUGUAUUUAUGCCUUGGUGCAGAACCCUGCCUAAGGGUCUGAAAUGAUUGAGAAUGCUAAACUUGGUGCAUAUACUUUAGAUGUAGCUCAGAUAAUUGAUGUAAAAUUUUAUUCAACUAUUCACUUCAAUAAUUCAUUACACUUGGAUUGAUCGUGAGCCAUAACGUUUUUUUAUUUUUUUUAUUUUUGUAUAUACAAGUCUGAUUUGUUCAAACAUGUAUUACAACUAAGCUGCCUUUCUCAAGUUGAUAUGAAAAUAUGAUAAUUGUCUCAAAUUUGGAGAUCCGUCCAUACUCGCCUCUAUAACUUGCAUCUGUCUACUAGUAUUCAUUGAUUGUACAUGCCUAUGAUAGUAUUAAACCUGUACACCGAUUCACUAAUAUUUCAAUCUAUGCAAACUUUGAAAUCCUGCCAACUUCACAAACAUUGAUGCGGAACCAGGUGGCACCGUACAUUGUACAGAUCAUGAAACUCCUCUGAUGAGUUGCCUUAAUUAAUAGUUAUUAUUUCAUUUAUCUUCCAUGAUACACAUCACUUACAGGUAUCGAUCUGUAAGAAGACAGCUAGUGAACUAGUUAUGUUGAUUAUAAAUUGCAGUUUGAAGACAUUGCAUCCAAUCUUCAUGUUAUUUUCUGGAUUUGAUUUUAGAUGUUUACCACCUAUGCCAGCCUUUCUAUUGUCUUCGAAUCAAGAUGAUCUUAACAUUUUGCAUUUCAUGUGAAUAUGUCUAUUAUGCAAUAACUUGAUCUAGACUUCUCGAUUUUUGUCAUUUUUUCAAUUCGUUUUUAUGUUGGACAACCUGAUGAUGCCAUCAAAGCUCAUAAUAGAUUAUUAUAGAUAGAUUUUGCAACAGAUAAGUGGUUCUAAGAAAGUUACUAUUAGUAUACAGAGAGUCCUAUGUAAUAUAUCUAAUGCAGUGUUUUGAUUGUACAUAUAUUUCUCAUGACUCUACAUAAACAAGCUAAUAGACUUUAUGCAAAGGAAUUCCAUCCAAUAUUCUUCACAGUGCCUCUCUUUUCCAGAUUUGAAAUUCCAAUUCCAAUUUGUUCUAUGCACGAUUCUGCAAAUACCAUCAUCUUUUAUAUUCACUAUCAAAUGUAUCUUUAAUAAAUAUGUAUAUACUAUGUAUAUAACUAUUAUGAAAAUAUGGAUCUAUCAUUGUAAAGUAUAUGCAAUAAAAGGAAUAAAACAAAAA